GUUCAAUGGCAUCCUGCUCCCAGUUUACAGUUUGGCCCUGCUGAUGUGCAUCACAGACCGUCAGUUCAUGGGCUCGCAGCCGCCCAAGCGAUGCUCCCUGCUGUUGCUCAUCGGCUCCGUGACAGUGACUCUGGUCCUGGCUUGGCGUGUGAUCAUUGAAAAGUCUGCUAUGCUUCUCUCCCUCAUCAUAGGAGUCGACCUGACCAAAGAGCGACAGACUCUCCUGAUCAUUGCAGCGGUGCUUGGUACUCUCUCUAUGGUGCUGUUUUGGGCGUUUUCGCGAAACCUGGGAGAAGUCUCUUGCCAUGAUUCCUCUGAUGAAGGCUCCUGUGUGACGACCGUCUCAGGGACAUCCAUUGGCAAUGCCACGGAGUCCGAGUUGGAAUGCGAGGAAAAGAGGUUGACAAGUGGCAAGCAAAGUACGACGAAGUGAGCCGCAAUCGCUGCAGUUGUUGAAGGUUGUUACCCUCCUCUUGCUGAGAUCUGUAAAUGGCUCAGUCAGGGGGGACUUCCUUUGCCUAAAAUGUUUGCUGGCUAAGAUUGAAAGGUGAACGAGACAGG